AUGUCUAGAAUUGUUCCGACUCCCGAACAAGUUGGAGAGUCAAAUCACUCAAAUCACUCAAAUCGCGUUACUUUUGAUCUUCCUAAAGGAACCACUUCCCCUAGUCGAACCCCUUCUGUGAUAUCUGUAUCUUCCUUAAAUUUCACUUUAAAACAACCGCAUUAUCACCCUUUACACCAACCUUCAUGGCGUGAACAACUAGCUGUUGAACUAGACAAUUCAGCAAUUGGUAGCAUUUGGAAACUGGUGGACGCUUUCAUAAACAUACUGCUGUGUGCGAUCUAUAUUGCAAACACCGCACACCUGAAAAAAGAACUACCACUGUUCAACGUAUGCUUUGAGGCAGUAAUGGCGAUCUUGUUGCUCAUGGAAUACAUUCCAAAAUUUUAUAUAUACGAAUUUGAGACAUGGGGUUCGUUAUUUACCAGGGCUUCACCUAUCCUUACGGCCUUAACUGUCAGUCCGGUUUUCGUCGCCGUUUGGGGCUCCGUCAUAAAAGAAGCACGUUAUGUUGUCUUUUUUUACCCUUUCCGAUUUAUUCGUUGUUACCUAUCGGUGUAUGAUUGCCUCGUGAGAAGCGAAAAAUCAGUUUUGAGAUUAGGGCAAGUCACGAGCAGAGUGUUGAUCUUUUUGGUGUCAAUCUUAUUCCUCGUACUUACCAGCUCAUCGUUAUUGCAUGGUGUUGAAUAUGCAUAUAUGGCAACCGUAUUCUUUACAACAAUUAUGUUGGGUACUGUCGGUUAUUUGAGUGAUAUUGUACCCGACAAUGCAUUUCCAAGGAUUCUUCUUAUGGUGAUAUUCAUCACCGGUUUGAUAUUCAUUCCGUAUUACAUAACGGAAUUGACCUCUUUGAUAAGAUCAAAAUCGGUUUACGACAAACCAUUUCGAAAAAUUUCACAACAACCACACGUCAUCAUAAUAGCACCGACAAUUGAGCUACCGUCGUUAAGACAUUUCUUGAAAGAGUUCUAUUCGUUGGCACAUGGCUCUGCGACAUUUAACACCAAAGUAGUCAUCCUAAAUUCCACUGAUCCUACCGAACGUGUAAAAACUUUUUUGUCUGAUCCGGUUUAUGCUCACCGUGUGCAAUACAUUCGAGGAAGCCCUCUCGAUGCUCGCAGUCUCGAAAAAUCUAACGCGAGAAAUGCGUCGGCAUAUUUCAUUCUUGCAAAGAAAUUUACACAACAGAGCGAGAUUAUUGACGCGGAAAAUGUGUUGAGAGCAAUUGCUUUGAGGAAAUUUAACGUAGGUCCCAAGCUCUAUAUUCAAUGCAUCCUCCCGGAGAAUAAAGUGCACUUCGAAAGUUUGAAUCCAGAACAAGUCAUUUGUACCGAUGAAUUGAAACUAGCCAUUCUUGCCCAUUCGUGCCUUACCCCUGGACUUUCCGCUCUUCUGUAUGGUCUCAUUACUUCGUUCACCUAUGAAUCCCUGCAAGACCUGAGAAGUGGGAAAAAAAAUAGUUCUUUUGGUUUUGACAGUGAAAUCAUUGAAGACUACGUCACCGGAUUUUCCCAAUCGAUUUAUACGACCACCAUAUCCGAUCAUUUUUCCGGGCGACGAUUUCUGUCAGUGGCUGAGUGCCUUUACGAUAGUUUAGGUGUUGUUCUGUUUGCAAUUGGAAUUCCAAAACAACGUUCAUUUAACAAUAAUUGGAUGUUGGAUUAUAGCGAUGAAGAAGAGAACGAGGAUUCUAAAAAUUACAUGGUACUGAUAAAUCCUGGCGAUUAUAUUGUUAAAGGGGAUGAAAUUGGGUUUAUCAUUGCGUCGAACGGUGCGCUGAUUGAUGGUGUGUCAAGUUAUGAAUGGCAGAGUUCGCAAAGUCGAACUAAUCUAAUGCCAGAACGACAUAUGCCCUCGGAAAAGCAUCCUUUGUUAGCGGGGGAUAAAUUGAAGAACAUUGGUGGUGGCAAUUAUGACACCAAGAAACCAACAAUCUCAUCUGAUCAUCAGCAUUACGAUUACCCUCAUAGGCCGGAUUCAUCUACGUUAAGACGUCAUCGUGCACUUUCAACGCCUCUCUCAUUUUCUGUGGAUUAUCCUCAUGAUCUUGCAUCACACGAUUAUUCAGCAAUGUCCAGCAAUCUACCAUCCUCUCACACACAAGACAUCGAACAUUCACUGAUAGAUUCGAUUGUUGGACACAUUCUAUUGUGUGAUUACUCUCCAACAUUAUUUCCUCGAAAUCUUGAUUGCUUCGUUAGUCCAUUGCGUAAAUCAUAUUUAGAGAAAAUUACGCCCAUAAUAAUUCUAUCACCUGUGAGGCCAAGCCAGAGCCAGUGGAAAAUAUUGAGUCAAUUCGAUCAGGUUUAUUUUGUGCAAGGAAAUCCAAUGACAAGAGAAGGUCUAGAGAAUGGUCGAGUGAGAUAUGCAAAACAAGCUGUAAGUGACCAUUUUUUAUUUAAUGAAUUUUCCGGAGUGUUACUCAACAUAAACAUGCUACAAACAGGUGAUCCUGACAGAUUCCACAAGGAUAUUAAGGUAGAAAGUCUAUGCCGUUAUGCAUGUACAACCUUAUUGAAUCUUCACAUCUCUAAUAAAGUGACAUCCUGCAAAAAUAGGAAUGGUGAAAAAGCUGAAGACGCAUCAUCAAUGUUGGUAUUCCUAAAUAUUAAGGCAAUGUGCAAAGAAGAUAUUGAUGUAUUCGUGGAAUUCGUUCACAUGGAUAAUAUGAAAUUUAUGUCUGAGGAUACUUCAACCAUAGAUCAAAACAUGCAACCCCACCUUUCUCCAGCUUUUAUGACAGGAACUUGCAUCUCAUUAUCGAUGUUGGACAGCAUCAUUUGUCAAUCAUUUUAUCAGCCACAUCUCGUAUCCAUUGUCGAACAAAUGCUCUUUGGUGCGCCUCCAUUGCAUCUACCUUCCGGUGCCACCUGUCCCGCCCCUGCUCAUUCGCACAUUUUCCAAAUCCCGGUACCUCGACUGUUUGUUGGAUAUCAGUAUAGUGAAUUGUUCCGAUUUUUGUUAAGCGAGAAAAAGUCCAUACCUUUAGGGCUAUAUCGCGCUAAAAGAGUGAGAACUUCGUCCGGACACAUAAAAGAAAUGAAAUAUGUAUACACAUGUCCAAAACAUAAU